AUGGCGGAGGAACAAUCGACGGCGGCAUCGGCCAACAAUACUGCGGCGGCAGCGCCAUUAGGACACUCGGUAAUACCGAUUGUGAACAAGCUACAGGACAUAUUCGCGCAGCUUGGAAGUCAGUCGACUAUCGAGCUGCCGCAGGUGGCGGUGGUCGGGAGCCAGAGUAGCGGCAAAUCCAGUGUGCUGGAGGCUCUGGUUGGGCGUGAUUUCCUGCCACGUGGCAAUGAUAUCUGCACACGCCGCCCGCUCGUGCUGCAGCUUGUGCAGAGGAAGAGGAAGAAUGACGGUACAGAUGAGGAGUGGGGGGAGUUCCUGCAUUUGCCUGGGAAGAAGUUCUUUGAUUUCAAUGAUAUCCGGAGGGAAAUUCAGGCUGAAACUGAGAGAGAAGCUGGUGGAAACAAGGGUGUUUCAGACAAACAGAUACGUUUAAAGAUUUUCUCACCAAAUGUUCUUGAUAUUACUCUUGUGGAUUUGCCGGGCUUAACAAAAGUUCCUGUUGGUGAUCAACCGUCAGAUAUAGAAGCACGUAUAAGAACAAUGAUAAUGUCAUAUAUCAAGCGUCCAAGUUGCUUGAUAUUGGCUGUUACACCAGCAAAUUCAGAUCUGGCUAACUCAGAUGCACUUCAAAUGGCUGGAAUUGCCGAUCCUGAUGGUUAUAGGACAAUCGGUAUAAUUACCAAGUUGGAUAUUAUGGACAGGGGUACUGAUGCCCGAAAUUUUUUGCUGGGGAAAGUUAUUCCUCUUCGGCUUGGUUAUGUUGGUGUUGUGAAUCGUAGUCAAGAGGAUAUUCUAUUGAAUCGGAGCAUCAAGGAUGCCCUAAUAGCUGAGGAGAAGUUCUUCCGCAGUCGGCCAGUUUACAGUGACCUUGCUGAGCGUUGUGGGGUCCCUCAGUUGGCCAAGAAGUUGAACCAGAUUCUGGUCCAACAUAUUAAGACAGUUCUUCCAGGGUUGAAAGCACGCAUCAGUACUGCCUUGGUUUCUGUUGCAAAGGAGCAUGCUAGCUAUGGAGAGAUUACUGAAUCAAAGGCUGGGCAGGGGGCUUUACUACUAAACAUUCUUUCGAAGUACUCAGAAGCAUUCUCUUCGAUGAUAGAAGGAAAGAAUGAAGAAAUGUCAACAUCCGAGCUAUCUGGUGGAGCAAGAAUCCAUUACAUCUUCCAAAAUAUAUUUGUCAAGAGCUUAGAGGAUGUAGAUCCUUGUGAGGAUUUAACUGAUGAUGACAUACGUACUGCCAUUCAAAAUGCAACUGGUCCUAAAUCCGCAUUAUUUGUGCCAGAAGUUCCAUUUGAGGUUCUCAUCAGAAGACAAAUAGCUCGUUUGUUGGAUCCAAGUCUUCAGUGUGCUAGAUUUAUAUAUGAUGAGCUGAUUAAGAUGAGCCAUCGCUGUAUGGUUAAUGAAAUGCAACGGUUUCCAGUCCUGCGAAAGCGCAUGGAUGAGGUCAUAGGAAACUUUUUGCGGGAAGGUCUUGAGCCUUCAGAGACAAUGAUCGGACAUAUUAUUGAGAUGGAGAUGGAUUACAUAAAUACAUCCCAUCCAAAUUUUAUUGGUGGUAGUAAAGCUGUAGAGAUUGCCUUACAACAGACCAAGCCUUCUAGAAUCGCAGCAGUGCCGAGGCAAAAGGAUUCAGGAGAUUCAGAUAAAGCACCAAAUUCUGAGAGAAGUCAAAAAUCUCGUGCUAUUCUUGCUCGCCAAGCGAAUGGAAUUGUUCCGGAGCAGAAUGCCAGACCAGUUGCUGAAGUUGAGAAGCCGGCACCUCCUGUUAACAAUACUAGUUCGAACUGGGGGAUAUCUUCUAUUUUCGGUAGCCAUGAUAAUCGCACUUCUGUGAAAGAGAACUCAACCAGCAAACCCUUCAGUGAACCUGUUCAGAUCAUGGAGCAGGGCAUCUCAAUGAUUCAUUUGAGAGAGCCUCCCAGCGUAUUGAGGCCUUCAGAAUCACACUCGGAUCAAGAGGCUGUUGAGAUUGCUGUUACAAAGCUGUUAUUAAGAUCAUAUUAUGAUAUUGUGCGGAAGAAUGUAGAGGAUUCUGUACCAAAAGCAAUAAUGCAUUUUCUGGUGAACCAUACCAAACGGGAGCUUCAUAAUGUCUUCAUAAAAAAGCUUUACAGAGACAAUUUGUUUGAAGAGAUGUUGCAGGAACCAGAUGAAGUGGCCACAAAGAGAAAGCGUACUCGGGAGACACUUCGGGUUCUGCAGCAAGCAUUUCGGACUCUGGAUGAAUUGCCGCUUGAAGCCGAGUCUGUGGAGAGGGGCUACAGCUUGAGUACUGACCCUACAGGACUGCCAAAGAUCUACGGGCUUCCGACCUCGUCUUUGUAUAACACGAGCAGUGGCUCGACUGACUCGUACGGUGCCUCUCCCAAAAACACCAGACCUCGUAAGUCGUCACAUUCUGGCGAGCUGCACUCUCCAUAUUAUGGAGAUUCUAAUGGUGGACGUAAUUCUAUGCUGGGUCUUUACCCUACUGCCGAUAUUUAG